UUUACUCUUUGUGAUUGUCACAAAGGCACAUGUCACAUGACUAUGAUGUCACAUAGAUUUUCUUUGCUGCUGGUUUUUUACCUUAGAUGCCUGUCCGUCGUACCAUUUUGGUACUCUUUUUCUUUUAUUUUGUUUUUUUUCCCCUCCCAUUUACAAAUAAAUGAUUCACCGCUAAAGAAUCAUUCCUUAGGGGACUGACACAUAAAACUGUCUGCAGAUCUGCGUGAAUGUUUCCGAGCAAAGAUGCAGCCGUUCUCUUAACGCUCCAGUCGGAUGCCGGUGGAGGUCUGCCUGUCACUGGUGGGUGUCGGAAGUCCUGAUUUGAUGGGAAGCCAGUGGUUUCAUGCCUGUAAAGACAUGGCUUGGAAAGGUUUUGCCCUCUUCCCACUCCAGUGUCAGGAAUCAGAGGAUGGAGUGUUCCACUUUACCAGUGACGACUGAGUGCCAGAUCUCCUCUCCCACCUGUGAAUACAAAAUGGAGGAGGUUUUAGGGGCUGGGUCCUUUGGCGAGGUGGUCCAGUGCAGAAAGCUGUCGUCGGGCGAGACCGUCGCUUUGAAGGUGAUCAAGGACAGCAGCAAGAUGGAGGAGGCCAAGGAUGAGGAACGUGUUUUGAUCGAGCUGAAAGCACGAGGCUCGGACCGGUACAACAUAGUCAACUGGAAUGACUCCUUCACCUUCCAGGGGCAGUUUUGUCUGGAGUUUGAGAAACUGGACAUGAACCUUCAUCAGCUGCUGGAGUGUCGCCUGCCUCUGUCGCUGAUGGAGAUCCGACCAGUUCUUCAGCAGCUGACAACUGCACUGCAGUUCCUGAAGAGUGUGGGGAUUGUCCACUGCGAUCUGAAGCCAGACAACAUCAUGGUGGUGGACCACCUGCAGUUGCCACUGAAGGUGAAAGUCAUCGACUUUGGCUUGGCUCUACAUACGUCGGAGCUGUCUCGGGGCACGACAGUGCAGAGCAUGUGGUACCGAUGUCCCGAAGUGCUGCUGGGACACGAGUGCAAUGAGGCCAUCGAUGUAUGGUCUCUGGGCUGCAUCGCUGUGGAGCUGCUGCUUGGUCAUUCCCUGUUUGACGGCUGUGAUGAGUACAGCAUGCUGUCGCAGAUCAACACCAUGCUCGGAAAACUGCCAGCCAGCCUCCUCAACGCGGGAAUAUUCACAUCAUGCUUCUUCCGCAAGAAAGCCAAAAAAUGGAGAUUGAAGAACCGGGCAGAAAUUAUCACAGCUUAUGACGGCACUCAACCUUUAAACAAACUUUCAGAUCUUUUAGAGGCUCGUUUUGUGCGACCAAUCAACUGCACCGAUGAGGACUGGCGCGCAAUGCAGUGUGACCUGGAGAUCUUUGUGGAUUUAGUUGCGUCGAUGCUUCUGAUGUCACCGCAAAAACGGGCUCGGCCUUGUCAAAUUCUGGAGCACAAAUUCAUUUCCAUGAGCCACUUUGAUGGCAAAUUCCCAAACAGCGCUUACGUCAGGCUCUGGCGCGACUGCAUGGAGACGGACACGGCUCGGCCCGUACGCAACAUGUCCGGCUUCACAUGCGGCGAUCACACCGCCGAGCCCAAGAUGUCGGACAGGUCGGUCAUCACCAUCAACGGCGGCCAAUCCUGGCAAACGGGCAACCACGGCCGUAUGAAGAGGAAACGAGACGUGGGGGGCGACGACCUCAUCAGCCGUGCGUCACCUGCGAGUAAGAGGAGCAGCAGGGAUGCGGAAGUCAUCUACUUGUCAUCCAUCGACAGCUCCAGGAAGGGCGGGGGCGGCGUGACGCAGCAGCCGCACACCGGCCACAUGAGAUUCCUCCACAUGGAUCGUGGCGACGCCACAAUCCGGCGGAAGAAGAGCAAGGCGACGACGCAGGCGCACACUUCGGAGGAAGUCGAGGGGAGGAACUGUGAAUUAUGAUUCUAAAAGGGACAAGCGGUAGAAAAUGGAUGGAUGGAUGGGGAAAAAAAUGGUUUUAUUACUCAUUUGAUUGUAAGGCUUAGAGUAGGGAAGAUAUUCAUAUGGCCCCGUUCCUGGGUGGGGUUUUACGUGGAAUUAAUCAAUCAAUCAAUCAAUGUUUAUUUAUAUAGCCCUAAAUCACAAGUGUCUCAAAGGGCUGCACAAGCCCCAACGACAUCCGAGGUACAGAGCCCACAUAAGGGCAAGGAAAAACUCACAACCCACAGGGACGCUGAUGUGAAUGACUAUGAGAAACCUUGGAGAGGACCGCACAUUUGGGUGACCUCCCUCCCCCUCUAGGGGAAAAACCGGAUGCAAAAGUACAACUGAACUGGCUACAAAGUAAACAGAAACAGAAUGCUGGACGACAGCAAAAACUUACGGCGUCCACAAAGUACAUCCGUGACAAUCAACAAUGUCCACACAAAGGAGGACAGCAACAACUUAAAUAGCUUUGCUUGUUAACGCAAAGCAGGUGUGGGGAAUAGCGCUCAAAGGAAGACAUGAUACUGCUACAGGAAAACACCAACAAAACAGGAAGGGCCACCAAAAUAACAGCGCAGGACAAGAACUUGAGCACAGGAAAACCCCAACAAACUCAAAGUAAGGCACGACGACCUGGUGGAGAAUCAUUUUUUACCGUUUUCUGCUGGUGGUGUGCCUCCGUAUUUUUCAAUCAAUCAAUCAAUCAAUGUUUAUUUAUAUAGCCCUAAAUCACAAGUGUCUCAAAGGGCUGCACAAGCCACAACGACCGCGGUACAGAUCCCACAUAAGGGCAAGGAAAAACUCACAACCCACUGGGGCGUCGAUGUGAAUGACUAUGAGAAACCUGGGAAAAGACCCCCUUCCCCCCCUAGGGGAGACAGGAUGCAAUGGACGUCGAGUGGGUCUAGCAUAAUAUUGUGAAAGUCCAGUCCAUAGUGGAUCUAACGUAAUAGUGAGAGUCCAGUCCGUAGUGGGGCCCGCCAGAGGCCAUCCCGAGCGGAGACGGGUCAGUGGCACAGAGUUGUCCCCAACCUAGCACAGGCGAGCGGUCCACCCCGGGUCCCGACUCUGGACAGCCAGCACUUCAUCCAUGGCCACCGGACCUGUGUCGCCCCCCCCCCCCCCCCCCUCUCCCUUGUGGAAAAAAGAAACGGCACAUCAACUGGUCUAAAAAGGGGGUCUAUUUAAAGGCUAGAUUAUACAAAUGAGCUUUAAGAUGGGACUUAAAUGCUUCUACUGAGGUAGCAUCUCUAACUGUUACCGGGAGGGCUAUUCCAUAGUACUGGGGCCCGAACGAAGGGGCGGGGUUAAUCAUUUUUUAAAUGCAGUGUGCUGAAAAUGAUGGAAAGCGCCACUCUACAAAAGCAACUGACGCUGUGGUCAAAGCUGGAAUUGCCAGAAAACACAUUGUAAGAUAUUCAACACAGUACUGGGCAGCACGGUGGAACAAGGGUUAGUGCGUGUGCCUCCCAACACGAAGGUCCUGAGUUCAAUCCCGGGCUCGGGAUCUUUUUGCAUGGAGUUUGCAUGUUCUCCCGCCUCCAAAGACAUGCACCUGGGGAUAGGUUGAUUGGCAACACUAAAUUGGCCCUAGUGUGUGAAUGUUGUCUGUCUUAUCUGUGAUGAGGAGUCCAGGGUGUAACCCGCCUUCCGCCCGAAUGCAGUUGAGAUAGGCUCCAGCACCCCCCCCCCCCCCCCUGCAACCCCUAAAGGGACAAGUGGUAGAAAAUGGAUGGAUGGAUGGAACACACUGCUGCUAUUUGGCAGGCUAAAGUAGAUAGUGCACCCCCCAAAUUUGUCACUUUUCAUGUGUUAGGUAAACUAGUGCACCCCCCCAUAUUUGUCACGUUUCAUGUGUCAGGUAAAGUGCGAUGAAAGGGGCCAUGUGAAUCCCCUUCCCACUGUAGGUGUCCGCUGUCAAUAUUGUCUUUUUUUUUAAGGAAAUGUUAGAAAGUUAAUGCUUGGAUUGAGCUUUUAUGUUUUACACUUAUAGCUUUAUUUUUGUAUCGUCUUCCAUUUUAUGUUUGUAUCGAACAAGAUAUUUAUUUUUGUAUCAAGCUUGCAAUGUUAACACACAUAAAGAAAAUGGCUGCUAAAAUUCCACAAACUCAUGACGUG